ACGCGAAUCCGCACGGCGCGGUGGAGGCGGAUCGCCCGGAUGCUGAGCAGGAGGGAGGUUCAGCCGCCAGCCCGCAGCGCAAAGCUCCUGAAAAGUACAUCAAGUCUAAAGUGAACCAGCUUGCUCUCAGGCAGUGCUGGAACCAUGAGCAAUAAUGGAACAGACUUAACCAUUGGCUUCCUCUCCUCUUCUGUUGCCGUACUUUUAUUUGGCUCAAACUAUGUACCACUUAAAAAAUAUGAUACUGGUGAUGGAAUGUUUCUCCAGUGGAUACUUUGUGCUGCCAUAUGGUUGGUUGCCUUGGUGGUCAAUCUUUUAUUACGUUGCCCUAAGUUUUGGCCUUUUGCAAUGGUUGGGGGCUGCAUAUGGGCAACAGGGAAUAUUGCUGCUGUCACAAUUAUCAAAACCAUUGGUUUAGGCCUUGGAAUCUUAAUCUGGGGGUCAUUUAAUGCCUUAACUGGCUGGGCAAGCUCAAGGUUUGGCUGGUUUGGAAUGGAUGCAGAAGAAGUAUCAAAACCGCUGCUAAAUUACAUUGGAGCUGGGCUCUCGGUAUUAAGUGCUUUCAUAUUUUUGUUCAUCAAAACUGAAAUACCAAAUAACACGUAUUCUGUGAACACCACAGCAUUAUUGUCAGAGCAUAUGAUCAACAAUGCUGAAGAUCCCUGUCCUGAUUAUUCCUGGGUGGAUAAACUUUCUACAGUGCAACACCGCAUCGUGGGCUGCAGUCUUGCAGUGAUAUCUGGAAUACUCUAUGGAUCAACAUUUGUGCCAAUCAUUUAUAUCAAGGACCACAGCAAAAGAAAUGAUAGUAUAUAUGCAGGAGCAAGCCAGUAUGAUUUAGACUAUAUUUUUGCACACUUCAGCGGCAUCUUUCUUGCAAGCACAGUCUACUUUCUGGCCUACUGUAUAGCCAUGAAAAAUAAUCCUAAACUAUAUCCUGAAGCAAUCUUGCCAGGAUUCCUGUCAGGAGUACUUUGGGCGGUGGCUGCCUGCUGUUGGUUCAUAGCUAAUCACUCCCUCAGUGCUGUGGUCAGUUUUCCAAUAAUCACUGCUGGUCCAGGAUUUAUAGCUGCAAUGUGGGGUGUCUUCAUGUUUAAGGAAAUACAGGGUCUACAAAACUACCUAUUAAUGAUUCUUGCAUUUUGCAUCAUCUUGGCUGGAGCAUUGUGCACUGCUUUUUCCAAAAUCUAAGAAUCACACGACCAGCAGAUGGCAGCAGUGGUUAAGAGAACGCCUUCACUGGACACGGGACAGAUUAUGCUGAGAACAGAAUUUGUUUCCAUACAGCAAAUGGAUCUCAGCCUGUCUUGGAGUGGGUAAAUGAUUUUUUUUUCACAAAUGUGAAAAUAAAGGAAAAUUGAGUUUUAGUCAAGUAUAAAAAUGAAAAAUUCUUCUAAUGAACUAUUUAUGAAGGUAUGACUUUA